AUGACUUAUUCUCCAUCAGGAUCAAAGCCCAAAAGGGGUCUAGGAGCAAUCAUAGAUUCCAUCCCUACCCAAGCGGAUCGCAUACCCGACUCGUGUUCUGAAGGAUCAGAUUCAGCUUCUGACGAUGAUGACGAUGAGGUAGUUGGGGUAGGAUCAAUAGCUACUCCUCAACCUAUACCACUCACUCCUCAAGUAGGUGCGAGUAGGAGCUCAAGCAAAGGGAAGGGUAGAGCUGUAGAUUCCCCUAGAGUGGAAAUGUCAGUAGGGGUCAGUGGGAGGAACGUCUACCAGGUGGUGACUCCUGGUAAAUUCGCUGAAUAUUUUGCGGUACAAUGGAGAAAACCACAGCAAAAGAAGCAUAGUGAGUUCAAGACAUGGGACGGAGAUGCAUUCAUCAAGGUCGAGGGUAAUAAGAUUACGAUGAUUGACGAGGAUGGAAAUUACAAGGGCGUGACUGGAAAAGGCGAAAGAGACGUCUGUGCAGAUCAGGAAUUACGGAUCGGUGGAUUCGAUGUACUUGUCGACAGGGAGGUAUCCGAGCAAGAAUUCAAAGCGGGGACUACUAUCCUCAACCGACCCAAAGCAUCAUCCAUCCUCGGUCCAACCGCAUACCGCGCUACCACAUUUACCAAACCUUUCAAAGCUCCAACUCAAACACACGCUGCUAAACCUGUAGCAGGGUAUAUUCCUGGAAGGACCGCUUCAGGUGGUCUCACAGCAGCACCGCCGGGUAUACCUCUUUCCCAGAAGCCUGAGAUGCCAAUUUCAAAACCUAUUGCAGCUCAAUCAUUCUAUGGUCCGUCCGUCAUCAAGCCGAAGGGGAACAGAAUUGUUUUAGGAGAGAAGAGUAGUAAAGAGAGGAUGGAAUGGGGAGGAGCGUUGUUUAACCCCAAUGCUGAAGGUGCAGUGGUGAUGCCUAGACCACCAGAAAAGCUGGUUGAGAUGUUGAGGCAAAAGAAUCCUGACCUGGACGUCGUGGAUGUUGUGGUGGAUCCGAUUCUAGGCUCCCUGUUGAGGAAACAUCAGAAAGAAGGUGUACAGUUCAUGUACUCCUGUGUCAUGGGAUAUACAGCGGCAGAAGCGGAGGGAUGUAUUCUAGCAGAUGAUAUGGGUUUAGGAAAGACACUUCAGAGUAUCACAUUGAUGCACACAUUGCUCUAUCAAUCACCCUUCGAUAAUCAGAGUCAAACCAUCCAGAAAGUAUUGAUUGUUUGUCCGGUUACCCUGGUGGAGAAUUGGAGAAAGGAAUUCAAAAAGUGGACUUCCGCCAAAACCGACAAGCGAAUCAACGUCCUGGUAGCUGACGGUACUAAUUAUCGGGUCUCAAGCUUUAUCAACAACAAGAAUAUGCAGGUUCUGAUUAUUGGGUACGAAAGACUGCGAAAAGAGAUCAAAGAGCUGGCUUCAUGCCAACCUCCUAUAGGUCUUAUCGUAUGCGAUGAGGGUCAGCGAUUGAAGUCGAAAGACAACAAGACGAAAAAGAUGUUCGAUGCUUUGAGCUGUCAACGUCGAAUCAUUUUGUCCGGCACGCCCAUUCAAAAUGAUCUUGCUGAGUACUGGGCUAUGGUUGACUUCACCUGCCCUGGAAUGUUGGGAAGAUACAAUGCUUUCAACAAACAAUAUGAAAAGCCUAUCAUGGCAGGUCGAGCGGUCGGGGCUAAUCCCAAAGUCGUCGAGCUGGGUGAGGAAAGAGCGAGUGAGCUACACAAACUUUCUAAAGAGUUCGUGUUGCGUAGAACAGCGGAUGUUAUGGAGAAUUUCUUACCUCCCAAAAGUGAGUGUGAUAUACAUCGAAGCCUAUCGGUGCUUGCUCGACUGCUCAAUCCUUCGAUCGUUGGUGGAUUCAUCAGAGGAGGAGCUGGCACGCAGUCUUUAGCUCUGAUCGACAUGAUGCGAAAAAUAUCCAAUUCGCCUAUGCUGUUGCGAAAGAAGGACGAUGAAGGUUCCAUGUCCGAUGAAAUCGGCUCUGCACUUAGCGAAGCUAAAUCUGCGAUACCUCUUGACAUCAAUGUCAACGAUGUUACAACCAGCGGUAAAAUGCUCGUUCUCGACAAAAUGCUUCACUCAAUACAUCAGGAAACAACCGAAAAGGUAGUAGUCGUUUCGAAUUGGACAGCUACUCUGAACCUCAUACAAGAUAUGUGCAAAAUCCGAAAAUAUCCGUAUCUUCGAUUGGAUGGAAGCACCCCUCAAAAGCAACGACAGGAAUUAGUCGAUUCUUUCAACCGAGAUGUUAGAAGAGAGGAUAGCUUCGUAUUUUUACUUAGUGCCAAGGCGGGCGGAGUGGGGCUUAACUUGAUAGGAGGAUCGAGAUUAUUCCUCUUCGAUAGUGACUGGAACCCUUCGACCGAUCUUCAAGCAAUGGCAAGGAUUCAUCGUGAUGGUCAAAAACGACCCGUUUGCAUCUAUCGAUUACUUACCACCAACGCUAUCGACGAGAAGAUAUACCAAAGACAAAUCACCAAAAUGGGUCUUUCAGAUCAAAUGAUGGAACAAGGUGAAACUGGAAAGGAAAGCAAAGAUUCUUUCUCCCAUGCCGAGUUGAGGGAUAUCUUCACUUUGAAUCUCAAUACUGAUGGAUGUCAGACUCAUGAUUUACUUGGUUGCGAUUGCACGGUCAGCGGGAAAAUUGCGGAAACGACCAGUGAAGAGACCAGCACGGUGGCGGAGGACGAUGAUGAUGGAGACGAAGAGAAAGCCAGAUUUGUCAAUGCAGCUCAGUACGAUCCGAAACCAAGCGCAAAAAUGCUUCGAAAGACUGCUGCCGAACAACAACAGAAAUUACGAGCAUUGAGAAAAUGGACUCAUUACGAUACCUACGAUCAUCACUCUUUCCGAAAUAUCAUGGAUGUCACACUCUAUAACAUGCUUUACGAAUCCUGGGACUCAGACGAGAGCGCUUUACUCGCUGCGGCUUCGGCUGAAGAGGGCGGUAGGCACAAGACAAAGAAGAAAAGAAGGAUUGUUGAGAAUGAUGAGGAUGACGACGCCGAUGAAGAAACACCGGAUAAAGUGUUGGAUUCGGCUUCUGAAGAAGAUGACGAUGAUGGGUCAGAUUCAGAAGGAUCGACUUCUGUACCUAGUAAACGCAAGAAGUCUGGAAUUGCAAAUAAGAGGAAAUCAAGAUCGAAGAAUGAUUUUUCAGAGGAAUAUGAAGACCCCUUGGGUAUGGGUAGGAAGAAGAAACAUGAUUUGAAGAAGAUUGCAGAGAAUGGUGGGACAGGAAGAGUCAUGUUUGUUUUUGAAAAGGUAUCAAAAGCUAAGAUGAAGUAA